AUGACGGCCGCCGUCUUAUCCUCACCCGGCGCCACUCCUCCAUCAAAAUGCUUCACUAUCGACAAGGAAUAUCCUAAACCUACGCUUCCAUCACAAACCUGGGUUCUGGUCAAGGUCAAAGCCGCUGGAUUGAACCGUGCCGAGCUUCGCGGGAGGAAUGGUGAUGAACCUGCUCCGCCUGAAUUUGGCAUGUUUGUUGAUGAGUUCCAUCCUGAUCCGCCAAAGAUUUUGGGCGAGGAAUUUGUCGGUAUAGUCGAAGAAGCAGGCUCAGAAACCAAGUUCACCAAGGGAGACCACUGCACAGGCUUCAUCUACGGAGGCGGCAAAGCCUUCGAUGGCGCCUACGCCGAAUACGUUAUCUGCCCUUCCCAGCGGUGCUUCAAACUACCCCAGACGACUCUCUCCUGGGAGACCCUAGGUGCCACCACGAUGUCCAUGUGGACAGCCCACGGCUCAUUAUUCCAAGCUGCUCAACUAACCAAAGGAUCCACUGCACUCAUCCACGGAGCCACAAGCAGUGUAGGCGUCUGGGCCACUCUGCUAGCCAAGGCGCAGGGUUGCACUGUCAUCGCUACCACACGCCAGUCUUCAAAAGUCGACAAACUAAAGUCAUUGGGCGCAGACCACGUACUCCUGGAAGAAAACCUCGGCGACCACCUCAAGAAACUAGCUCCCAAAGGCGUGGAUUGCAUCCUUGAACUCGUGGGCCCGGACACACUCCAAACUCUCGCCUUGCCACACCUCGCAAAACACGGUUCGGUGGUGGUGACGGGAGUGUUGACAAAACAGUGGGCCAUGAAGGACUUUACGCCUGCUCUCAUCCCUCCCACCCGCAAAAUGACAUUUUACAGUUUGGAGCCUGGACAGGAAGAGGACGAAGGGGUGGAAAAGGUUAUCGAGCAGGUGAUUGGGAAAGUGGAGGCUGGAACGUUCAAGCCAGAGCAGUUCCUUGACAGGACAUUUUCGCUGGAGGAUGUAGGUCAAGCACAUGAAUAUAUGGAGGAUAGCAAGGCUGUUGGCAAGGUGGUUGUGACUGUCCCUUGA